AUGAGUUCACGUUACGUUGGAAAGUCUCCAGGGAAAAGUCAAACUGCUAUAACUUCUUUUCUACCUCCAAGACACUGUAAUGACUGUAUUUCUCUUUUCAGGACGUAAGGGACACUUUUACGUGGUAGAAUGGAUGAACAGUCCCAAGGAAUGCAAGGGCCUACUGCACCACCGUUUCAGCCACAGAAAGCCUUGCGACCUGACAUGGGCUAUAAUACACUUGCCAAUUUCCGAAUAGAGAAAAAGAUUGGUCGUGGGCAGUUCAGCGAAGUUUACAGAGCAACCUGCCUGUUGGAUGGGGUGCCAGUAGCACUGAAGAAAGUUCAGAUAUUUGAUUUAAUGGAUGCCAAAGCCCGUGCUGACUGCAUCAAAGAAAUAGAUCUUCUCAAGCAACUGAAUCAUCCAAAUGUAAUCAAAUAUUAUGCCUCAUUCAUUGAAGACAAUGAACUGAACAUAGUGUUGGAAUUAGCUGAUGCUGGAGAUCUCUCUAGAAUGAUAAAG